GAAAUGACUGAGAGGCCUUACAGAUAGUUUGUGCUUUUGUUUCUGCGGCCUGCGUUUGCAGAGAGACUCCUAUCUGGAAGCACAUUUGUUUCCGUUGUGAGUAUUAACUACCUCAGGCACUGGAAACUGAUCAAGAGGGAGCCAGGUGAUCUCUCCCGGCAGCUGCGUCUGUUCAACCGGCCCCCGCUCGGCCCAGACCAGCUGUACAGUGCUCACAAACCUUCUGACCGACUGGAUCCGUCAGAGCGGCGCAGGCCCGCAACGUGCCAAGGUGACAUCACCCCGUAGCUCGCGCCAAUCCUGUCACUGUUUUUCCUCUCCUGAAAAUUCAUAUUGUUUUUUGCUGAGAGAUUUUUAAGAUUUUUCUAUUUUUAUUAGAGGGCUACGGAAAGCGUUGGGAAAGAAGGGUUUUUCGCUUCCGUAUGAAGGAUUGAUUAUGCACUUUGGAUUUUCAUCCAGGAUUAAAGCUAGAUCGUAUUUUCCCAUGAGGCACCUGUGAACCACUUCUAAAGGAAACUAAGUUUCAGUGAAAUCUUUUGUCAUUUUUUGCGCAAAAAUUUUGAUGUGAGCUGCGUCUGGAGCUGCAGCUGGGCUGCAAGAUUUCCUUGAACCUUCCAUCGUGCCGCUCUCCAUCUCUCUCUGGAGCGGGAUACUGUCAUGACUUCCCCUCUGAUGGGAUCUUUAAGCUAUCUAUUUACUUGAUUCCAGGAGUCCCAAAUUAGGCAUCCAGAACUCAUUCGAAGGUGAAGUCGAGAGGACCGUUACUCCCUGGGCGCAUUUAAUGCUUAUGUAUUGUUGCAGUGCACAAGAAAGUAAAAUGGACUACAAGCUGCGCUUUUUGCUUGGCGGGUCCAAGCACAAAGUGCAGCAACACCAGCAGUUCCAGUUGCCCGAGCUCAGUCGGACCCUCAGCGCCCCGUUGGGCUCUUCUUGCUCCACCCCUUCUCCCAUGGCGACCAUAGGCUCCUCCCCUUCUGUCUGCCACGCCCCGCCCCCCGGCGCCACCACGGCGAUCGCGGACAUCCAGCAAGGCAUCUCCAAAUACCUGGAUGCGCUGAACGCGUUCUGCCGCGCAAGCGCGUUCCUGACCGAGCUCUUUGGCAGCGUUUUCCGGGACUCGCGUUACUCCAAAGCAGCUAUGCAACUGAAGGACGUGCAGGAACAUGUCAUGGAAACGACCAGCCGGCUCACCACAGCAAUAAAGCCCGAGAUCGGCAAAAUGCUGAUGGAGCUCAGCGCAGGCGCGGCUAACUUCAAAGACCAGAACGACUUCAGCCGGCAGGACGUUGAGGUGCUGGGCCGCUGCUUCCUGACGGUGAUGCAGGUGCAUUUCCAGUUCCUGUCACAGGCGUUGCAGAAAGUCCAGCCGGUGGCGCAGUCCUGUCUGGCCGAGGCACUGGCGCAGGUUCAGGAGAGACAUGGAAAUGCCCAAACACAGAACACGGGCCCUGGGCCCCUGACGGAGCUGGAGGAGGCUGUCCGCUCAUGGAAGGGAGCUUCAGAGGUGACAGCGUGUCUCAGGGAGAGAGGGAGAGACGGCUGUCUGUCUGGCAUUCAGGUGCAGCAGCUCUUCUGUUCUCAGAACACCUCCAUCCCUGAACACCAGCUCAAAGAGCUCAACGCCAAUAUCGACAGCGCUCUGCAGGCGUAUAAAGUGGCGUUAGACUCUUUGGGUCACAGUGAAUAUGCUCUGAAGGCCGGAUUUCACCUUAAUCCCAAAUCAGUGGAAGCAGCUUUGCAGGGCUGCUGUAGUGACGCUGAGGCCCAGCAGGCCGGACGCUUUCACACCACGUCUCAGCCCAUCCAGUGUGAAUUACCCACAAUCCCCGUCCAGAUCGGCUCUCAUCUCCUCCGAGGAGUUUCCUUCAAUGAAAGCGCAUCAGAUAACCUCAAGCUUAAAACGCAUGCCAUGCUGCAGCUGCUCAAGGAUGCGGUGGAUCAGAACGGUGUGGCCGUGCGAGAUGAUUCGCCCGUCACAGAGGUGCUGAACCAGGUGUGUCCCUCCAGCUGGAGAGGAGCCUGUAAGACGGCCGUUCAGCUGCUGUUUGGACAGGCUGGACUGGUUGUGGUUGACACGGCUCAGAUUGAGAAUAAGGAAGCUUACGCCCCUCAGAUCUCUCUUGAAGGAUUUAAAGUUGUGAUCCAGGUUCCUUCUACAUGGUGUCUGAAGGAGGAUCCAGCGACGAUGUCUCUGCUGCAGCGCAGUCUGGAUCCCGAGAAGACCCUCGGCUUGGUGGACGUGCUUUACACGGCUGUGUUUGACCUCCAGCGCUGGAAGGAGCGCAAGGAACAGAGUUUGCCCACCAUUCAGAUCCAGCUACAACGAGACACGACUGAUUACGGCGGCCCCAUCGAUCUUCCUCCCGGGAACAGCACCAAAUCCUCCGGCGGCCUCCCCAAAACCAUCUCCAAACUCACCUCACGCUUCACCAAGAAAACCUCGUCCAACUCCAGCACAGGCGGCAGCUACUCCAUCCCCAGCACCCCGUCACGGAGCAGCGGUAGCUCGGACGACAAAGCCAGCCGCCUGCACAGCCUCCUGCAGAUGAGCAGCAUGCUGUGCACACCUGACCCCAGCCACGCGCAGAUCGCCAACGGCGCAUCCGCAGACGAGCAGGGCAUGAACCUGCCCACCGACCAGGAGAUGCAAGACGUCAUCGACUUCCUAUCGGGGUUCAACAUGGGGAAAUCCCAGCAGGCGUCUCCGCUGGUGAAGAGGAGGAACUCGGUGGCGUCUACGAAUGCGGCCGACUUGAAGCCGCCCAGCGGCGCGGCUCCACCCCCCUCGCUGUCUCAAGUGUUGGCGCAAACCUUGCUGCAACCAACACAACAACAACAACAGCAGCAGCAGCAGCAACAACAGCAGCUUCCUUCAACGCCAAAACAGCAGCAAACGCAGCCGCAGUCCCAGCCGACCUCGCAGACUCUGCCGUUCUACCAGCAUCUCUUGCAGCCGAUCGGUCAGCCGCAGCAAACGGCGCCGGUUUCCCCGCAGCUCUCUUCACAGCAGCCCCCGCAGCCUAGAGCUCCCAGCAAGUGGCCCCAGGGGUCUUUAGGGGGCCUCUCGCCCAUCGGGCCCUUGACGCAGUGGCCUGCCCCAGGCCUGCCGGACCUCAGCUCUGACCUCUACAGUCUGGGGCUGGUCAGUACGUACAUGGACAGCAUGAUGUCUGAGAUGCUUGGCCACAAGCCCCCGCAGGGACCCCGGAACAACACCUGGCCCAACCGAGACCAAAGUGACCAGAGUCUGUUCGGGGUGUUGGGAGACUCCAUGCCUUUUGACCCUGCAGUGGGCUCGGAUCCAGAGUUUGCGCGUUAUGUUGCCGGGGUCAAUCAGGCCAUGCAGCAAAAACGACAGGCGCAGCAUGUUCGUCGGCCCAGCAACACCCGCAGUAACUGGCCACACCCAGACGAGCAGCACAGGGGCUGGACACACCCAGAGUACUACAGCGAGGGAGAGGCGGUCAACAGCGGCUGGUCAGCCAAUCAGGGGGAUUCAGCCAGCUCGAGUGACGAGGCGUCCUCAGCCAAUGGGGACAGUCUGUUCUCCAUGUUCUCUGGGCCUGACUUGGUAGCAGCUGUUAAACAAAGACGGAAACACAGCUGUGGUGAACAGGAAGUGUGCACUCUGCCCUCUCCUCCGCUCCACCACGCCAGUGACGACAGUAACCAGGACAGCAAAACGAAAACCUGGCCCCCUAAAGCCCCCUGGCAGCACUCCUCGCACACCAACAUCAUGCCCAAUCCCAGCUCUUCCCUCUACCAGAUGACCAUCCCCUCCAGCCAAUGGGGCGAUUCCAUGCAAUUGCUGCAGUCUCCGGUGUGGUCGACGGCUAAUGACUGCCCUCCAUCUUCCGGGAUCUCCUCCGGCUUCCCGUUCACCCAACAACAACAACAGCAGCAGCAGCAGCAGCAGGUUUCCCAGCACAAGAUCGUGAGCAAAGGCUUCAAAACCUUCCCGCUCAAACCCGAGCAUCGGCCCUCAUACCUGCUUGCACAAUCAAAAUAUAGAUUAAACAUCUUCGAUGACCUUGGACUGUAA